GCAGUAGAGAGCCAGACUGGUCAGGAGGAUGGCUAAAUUCAGGGUGAGAGUAUCCACCGGGGAGGCCUGUGGGGCAGGCACAUGGGACAAAGUGUCUGUCAGCAUCGUGGGAACCCAUGGAGAGAGCCCCUUAGUACCUCUGGACCAUCUGGGCAAGGAGUUCAGCGCUGGAGCUGAAGAAGACUUCGAGGUGACGCUUCCCCAGGACGUUGGCACUGUGCUGAUGCUGCGAAUACACAAGGCACCCCCGGAGGCACCCCUCCCACUUCUGUCUUUCCCACCUGAUGCCUGGUACUGCCGCUGGUUUGAGCUGGAGUGGCUGCCGGGGGCUGCACUUCGCUUCCCCUGUUAUCAGUGGCUGGAAGGGGCAGGGGAGCUGGUGCUGAGAGAGGGAGCAGCCAAGGUGUCCUGGCAAGACCACCACCGUACGCUGCAGGAUCAGCGCCAGAAGGAGCUGGAGUCCAGGAAGGACAUGUACAGCUGGAAGACUUACAUUGAAGGUUGGCCUCACUGCCUUGACCAUGAGACCGUGAAAGACUUGGACCUCAACAUCAAGUACUCUGCAAUGAAGAACGCCAAAUUCUUCUUUAAAGCCCAGUCUGCGUUUACAGAGCUGAAAUUCAAAGGGCUCCUGGACCGCACAGGACUCUGGAGGAGUCUGAGGGAGAUGAAAAGGAUGUUUAACUUCCACAACACUCCAGCAGCAGAGUAUGUGUUUGCACACUGGCAGGAAGAUGCCUUCUUCGCCUCCCAGUUCCUAAAUGGCCUCAACCCAGUUCUGAUUCGCCGCUGUCGCAGACUCCCAGAGAACUUCCCAGUCACUGAUGAAAUGGUGGCUCCAGUGCUGGGCCCUGGGACCAGUCUGCAGGCUGAGUUAGAGAAGGGCUCCCUGUUCUUGGUGGACCAUGGAAUUCUUUCUGGAGUGCAAACCAAUGUCAUCAAUGGAAAGCCUCAGUUCUCAGCAGCCCCGAUGACCCUAUUAUACCAGAGUCCAGGGUCCGGACCCCUGCUUCCCAUCGCCAUACAGCUCAAACAGACUCCCGGGCCAGACAACCCCAUCUUCCUGCCCAGCGAUGACAAGUGGGACUGGCUACUGGCCAAGACCUGGGUGCGCAACGCUGAGUUUUCCAUCCACGAGGCUCUCACGCAUCUGCUGCAUGCCCACCUGAUUCCAGAAGUCUUUGCCUUGGCCACACUGCGCCAGCUGCCCCACUGUCACCCUCUCUUCAAGCUGCUGAUUCCUCACACUCGGUACACACUGCACAUCAACACGCUCGCCCGUGAGCUGCUCAUUGCCCCUGGGAAGGUGGUGGACAAGUCCACAGGCCUUGGCAUUGGGGGAUUCUCUGACCUGAUAAAGAGAAACAUGGAGCAGCUGAGCUAUUCUGUCCUGUGUCUCCCUGAAGAUAUCCGAGCCCGAGAUGUGGGAGACCUCCCAGGAUACUAUUACCGAGAUGAUGGGAUGCAGAUCUGGAGUGCAAUAAGGAGCUUCGUCUCUGAGAUAGUUGACAUCUAUUACCCAAGUGACGCAUCUGUCCGAGAUGACCAAGAGCUCCAGGCCUGGGUGGGGGAGAUCUUCUCUGAGGGCUUCCUCAGCCAAGAAAGCUCAGGUAUGCCCUCUUUGUUGGAUACCCAGGAAGCCCUGGUCCAAUAUGUUACCAUGGUGAUAUUCACCUGCUCAGCCAAGCAUGCAGCUGUCAGUGCAAGCCAGUUUGACUCGUGUGUUUGGAUGCCCAAUCUGCCACCUUCCAUGCAGCUACCACCACCUACUUCCAAAGGCCAGGCAAGCCCUGAGGGUUUCAUAGCCACACUCCCAGCAGUCAAUGCCACAUGUGAUGUCAUCAUCGCCCUCUGGCUGCUAAGCAAGGAGCCAGGGGACCGUAGGCCCCUGGGCCACUAUCCAGAUGAGCACUUCACAGAGGAGGCCCCACGGCGGAGCAUCGCGGCCUUCCAGAGAAAGCUGAUCCAGAUAUCCAGUGGCAUUAGGAAGAGGAACCAAAGCCUGGCACUGCCCUACACCUACCUGGAUCCUCCCCUCAUCGAGAACAGUGUCUCCAUCUAA